AUGGCCGUCCCCCCCCGCGGCUCGAACAACAACAACGCCAACGCCAGUACCGAGAACAAAUACUACCACUACAACCAUCACUACCAGUACACUCCGCCCACUCUCGUCUCGGCCGUCGACUUCAAACAUGUCUUCCUUCCCCACGCACCUAUGAUGUCGAUACCCGCCAUAGAUCCCGUCCCUUCAGGUGGCGGCGGUUCGUCGACCAUCGCAUCCCUAGCCACGACAGAUUACACGACAUAUCCGCUCGGCAAACAGAAUGGACGUACCUACUUCCGCGACCCUGACAGCACGUAUCCGCUGCCCUGCGAUGUGCCCGAGGUGCACCGCCAGUCCCUGCACUCCCUCAUCGUCAUGACCGUCUGGGGUGGGCCGUUCUGCUCGCCCUCGACGGCAGAUAAUCCGCCCAAGAGGGUGCUGGAGUUGGGCUGUGGGUGUGGGCUGUGGACGAAUGCGUGCCACGAGUACUUUGCCAACAGGGGACAUACCGAUAUAUCGUUUACGGGGCUGGAUAUCAUCAGCCUGGCCCCUGAUUUGCAGCAAAAACAGGGUGUGGAUUGGCAGUUCAAACGGCAUGAUUUACGUAAAGGUACGCUGCCGUUUGCAGACGAGAGCUUCGACUUUAUCUUUAUCAAGGAUGUAUCGCUUUGUGGGCCUACGUCCGACCUGAAGGCUGGGGGUACGCUGGCUGAACCACUGCGCGUGCUAAAGUCUGGGGGUGUGCUCGAGAUCUGGGAUUCCGAUAUGGUCUAUAGAACAUUGCUUCCUAACCCGCCCGUGGUCCCCGGGAAGUCGGAGGAGUACCAGGAACAGGCAGAGAUCACGGGUACAUAUACCAUCUCAUCCGCAACGCCCUUCACCAACGCCCAGAACAAAUACCUAAACGACUAUAAUACCUGGAUACAGAAAGCGUUCGAGGAGCGCAGACUCAACACCAUGCCCUGUGCAACUAUCGGUCUCGCCUUCUCCUCGGAGGCAGACUCGUUCCAGAGUUCCGGCAGUCGGCGUGUCGCUAUACCGCUCGGAGAAGUGAAGUGGGAGCAGAAGCAGAACGGUAAACCGCUAACGGCAGACCAGAUGGCUCUGCGUCAGACAACGUUGCUCACAGUCGUGCAGCUGAUCGAAAGCAUGGAGCCGCUGCUGAUGGAGGCGAGCGGGAAGGGCCAGGCCGAGUGGGAUCGAUGGUGGACGGGCAUGACCACCGACCUGAUGCAGAAGGGAGGAGUGGCCAGUGGCGAAUGUCUCGAGGUCGGCGCCUGGUGGGGACGAAAGAAAUAG